UGCUGGAGGCUAACCCUUGGAGAGAAACACCUAAACCUGUAUAUGUGCUGACCCAGAGGGAGAACCAGUUGUGUACAAUGAAGACCCGGAGAAACCGGAGUGAGGUUGAAAAAGAACUUGGGAUGUUGUUCUCCAAAGGAGGAAAAUGGAAAAAUCGUGCAAAGCAGCCAGAAGCUGGCACGAGAUUUCAGAUGCUUGUUGAGGAUAUCAGAGAGGGAGUACUUGUAUUUGAGGAUGAAAAUGAGGCUGCAAAAUACUGCGACUUGCUUCAGGGAGGUGGUCAAGGCUGUGAAGGCAUUGCAGAGAUAGAAGCUUCAUCAGUAUUUGAUCUAUGCCGGAAGAUGAGAGCACUUGCAGUGUUAUUUCGUCGAGGCAGAACACCUCCUUUGCCCGAAAGCCUCAAGUUAAACUUAAGGGCACGCAAGCGCUCACUUGAAGACCAAGAGAACUUGAUGUAACAUUCGUAUGGUUGAUGUGAACCGAUUUCAGGUGAUGUUCAUUGUCUACUAUGCAAAAACAUAUUGGACACGGUAAUAUAAUUCUUCUCUGUGCAGCUAUUUUUAGUCUCUGAGAGCUCUUACAUGUAUAUAAUAUGUCACAUAAUUCUAAUGAAUAUAAUGUAUACAAAGGAUUCUCAACUGCAGUCCUACCCAAAUCAUCAGCCAUUUUUCCA